AUGAAAUUCCCAACUUGCAACGGCACGGGCGCAGUUAGAGGAAAUCAACUCAACGCACGAACAUGCUACGCAAUGGCGCUAAAAUCAGUGGCUUUCAAAUCUUUAAGGGAAACCAUGACCGUUCAGGGGGCACCGAACGGUAAUGGACCCAUGGACGACCCAAAGGGUGAAACACCAACGCCGCAGGCACAACUUGUCGAAGAACUGGAAACGGUUAUGCAAAAUGCAGAGCAACCCAAUCAAUGUGUGAAGAUCGGAACCACACUCGACCAUGUCCUGCGAGCGCAGUUCAUUGAUUUCUUACAGCAUCAUGCGGAGGUGUUCACUUGGUCCAACGAUGACAUGCCAGGUAUAUCCCCUGAGGUCAUCAGCCACAAGCUCAGCAUCUCCCCUGCCUAUAAACUUGCAAGACAGAAACGCCGUUCGUAUGGCGCCGAACGGUAUGAAGCCAUGUGUACCGAAGUUGACAAGCUAAAAGCCAUAAGCUUCAUUUGGGAAGCUACGUACCCUGUCUGGCUCAAGGAUUAA